AAAUAUUAGAAAAUAUUGUACCAUUGCAGCAGCAAACGAUCGAAAUAGAAGCAGAACAAGAUGAAGAUGUUAGAAAGGACACCAGUCGAGGCGGCACCUCGAAGAAGGCACGCUGUUGUGCCGCAUAAAGUAACUUACAAUGAGGCGUACCGUCGGAAUAAUGCAGUUGAAAAUCUAGCUAGAUAUGAUGCGGGUCAAUUAAAUCAAGAUUGUCAGUUUUGCGGAGCAUUACAUUACGAAAAAGCAAAGGCCGACAGAUUAGGUCAACGAAGAUUGUGUUGCAACAAAGGUGAAAUUUAUUUACCUUCUGUAAGGUCGUGUCCUCCUUUAUUACGUGCAUAUUUUACAAACGAUAAUGCCGAAGCGCGUUUGUUUACAACUAAUUUACGAUCAAUUAGUAGUCUGUUCGCUAUGGCGUCUUUUAAAACGAGUACGCCACAAAAUGUACAAGGCCAAGGGCAUUGGUGCUUCAGUGUGUGCUGUCAAAUUUAUCAUUAUACAGAAGCGUUACCACGCACUCAAGAAUUAAGAGAACCUGUACUUAACCAAUAUUAUUUUGUAGCUAUCGACCGCAGGGCGGAUUUCUUAGAAGAUCGAUUAGUUUCAAGAGAAAUUAUUGAACGAUUAGAAAUGAUGCUUCAAGCAGAAAAUCCAUUUGUUAGAUCGUAUCAAACAAUGAAAGAAGUUAUUGACGAAAUGAGGGCACAAGGACACGACUUAAGGUUUCACCGAAGAUAUUGGAAGGAAUUUGAGAAAUUACAAUCUUCCUGAAAGUAGAAGCGAUAUAGCAGCUGUAUUUUGUGGUGAAGAGCCGCUCUUUAAUGUUGAUCUUAAAAUUUAUCCGAAAAAUAUUAAUGCCGACAGAGAGUUGAAAAAUUUAAAUAGAAUGUCAGAUCCGAUGGUAUAUACUUUUUCUGAAAGGAGAAUAUGGUGUGUGCUGUCAAAUUUAUCAUUAUACA